AUGUCUCCGCCGCCACAGCUACCAGUUUCACCGUCGUCUUACCACCAUCAUCUUCUUAAUAAAACGAAGUCGCUCCCUGACGUUAUUUUCACUGUCUUCUCUCUAUUUAUUCUCUUCUCUUCUUCUCCUAAACCCACCUCCGUUUACUUUCUCCCAAACAACAAAAUCUCUUUCCCAUUGAACCUCCGAAGAUUCCUCAAAUUUCCCACCAUGUCGUCCCCCUUACGAAACCCUACAAGCCCCAGAAACCGUCUCUUUGCCACCCCUCAGUCUUUAUCCGAUUGGCUCAAGCCGCGGCUUCCCUCCGAUUCCUUCGCCUCUUGGGGGGUCAAGCCGGGAACGAAGAAUGUUCAUAACUUAUGGCUCGAAAUCUCGGAAGGUGAAACCUUGCUCGCCGAUUCUACCCCUCCCGUCCGCACCGUUGAGGUUGUGAUCGUGCGUAUUAUUCGAAAUGACGGAAAAGUCCUUGUUGAAUCACACCAGGAGUUGUCCAACGGUGACGUUCGUACCCGGUGCCGUCCAUUGUCGGAGAAAAUGAAGCCCGGAGAAUCCGUAGAGGCUGCCGUCUUUAGAGCAGUUAAGGAAGAGCUGGGAUCCAUAAUUAAAAAUGAGGAUUUUCAGAGUUUUGAUAAUAAUAAUUAUGAUAUUAAUGGCAUAGUGAAAAUUGUGCCGAAUUCUUAUGUAAAGAGGGUGGAAGAGAGGGCUUCUGCAUCGUAUCCGGGAUUGCCAGCUUGUUAUGUAUUGCAUACCGUGGUUGCUGAGGUGGAGUGGUUGCCAGAAGGCGAAUUCUGUACCGAGGAGGUGGAGGAAUACGGAGAUUUUGAGGGGAGGAAUAUAGCGGAUAGCGCAGUUCAUUGUAAAACCCAUUACUGGAAGUGGGUCGAUUCUGAUUCGGUUUGA